CGGGUACUGACAGGCGGCAGAGCGCGCUCCCGUGUCCCGCGGCUCUCUGCUGCGAGUCACAGAUGGAGUUGCAGUGACCCCGCUCUUCGGGCUGAACAUUAAAAAACAACAAUAUUUUUUUUUACAAUGACACCCGAAGAGAGCGAAAAUGGAGAAAACGCAACGAACUCGCAGAGUGAGAUGCUGAUCAACCAGUUGAGGGAGGUCACCGGCAUCCAGGAUCCACAGAUUCUGUGCAGAGCGUUAAAGGCCAGUCAGGGUGACAUCAGCCACGCUGUUGGGCUGCUGACAACCCAGCCAGCAGAGGUUCAGGAUGCCAAAGAACCACAACAGUCCGAGACGCCUUGUGUUGCCUGGGAGGGACAGAAAGCAGACCGCGAUGAACUGCAGACCGCCAUCGAACUGAGCCUGCAGGAGUCUCACAAGGCCCAGGAAGAGGAGAGGGAGUUCCAUCGGGCUUUGGAGGCCAGUGCUGAGGAGAACUCUGCGAGAAGCAAGAGGAAGCGAUGUGAGGCCCAGAGUGACAUGUGCAACCCGGCAGACUGGAUCCGCCACGAUGACUGGCCUGUUGGCAUCCGCAACGUCGGAAACACCUGCUGGUUCAGCGCCGUCAUCCAGUCGCUGUUCCAUCUUCCUGUGUUCAGGAAGCUGGUUCUCAACUACCAUCUGUCCGAGCAGAUCCUGGACAAGUGUAAGAGCCACGCGGACAAGAGGAAUAUCGCCUUCAUGCAGGAGCUGCGGUGUCUCUUCUCCCUCCUGGUGGGCUCCACACGCAGGUUCGUCGACCCCUCAUCCGCCGUGGAGCUACUGCGAGAUGCAUUCAGAACUAGCGAGGCCCAGCAGGAUGUGAGCGAGUUCUCCCACAAGCUGCUGGACUGGUUAGAAGAUGCCUUUCAGCUCGCCGCCAAUGGAGAUAGCCCAACAGAUAAGCAACAAAACCCCAUGGUGCAACUUUUCUAUGGCACUUUUGUGACGGAGAGGAAGCAUGAAGGUCAAAUCCUUUGUAACAUUGAGCAGUUUGGUCAGUACCCCCUGCAAGUAAAUGGCUUUAACAACCUGGACGAGUGCCUGGAAGGCGCCAUGGUGGAGCGGGAGAUCGAGUCGCUUCACGCCGAUCUCAGCGUUCCCUGCGGCAGAGAGAGAUGGUUCAAGAAGUUACCGCCCGUUUUGACGUUUGAACUGUCCAGAUUUGAGUUCAACACCCAGCUGGGCCGCCCCGAGAAGAUUCACAAGAAACUGGAGUUCCCGCAAAUUAUCCACAUGGACAGGUAUCUUCAUAAAAACCUACAGUGUACUCACGAGAGGAGAGGAGAGGUGAAAAAACUGAAGGAGCAGCUUGCAGCCCUCCAACAGAAACUUGAAUGCUACAAGAACUACGGUUCAGGACCCAACAAGUACCCUCUGGCCGACAUGCUGCAGUUUGUGUUGGAGUUUGCGUCCACCAAGCCCGCCGCUGUUUCCCCGGCCGAAGACGCCACACCCCCUUCUUCUUCACCCACUCCUCCCAGCCACCCGCUCAGCGAGACCAUCAACCAAGAAGACAGUGACCCUGCAGACGCGGAGGAUGGCCGGGUUUCCAGCUGCCAGCGCACACCCAUCUACAAGCCAUUCACCCAGUGCAGACACCCUGCCGACUGCCCGGCCCACCCGGCCCCCCACAGCAUCACAGACGAGGAGCUGCACUUUGUUAAGACCUGCCUGCAGCGCUGGAGGACGGAGGUGGAGAAUGACGUCAAUGAGCUAAAGGCCAACAUUGACAGGCUGAGUCAGACACUGGAGGGCAUGUACUCAGACAACACCCUCUGCCAGGUCCCCUACAGAUUGCACGCGGUGCUGGUACACGAGGGCCAGGCCUCAGCAGGACAUUAUUGGGCGUACAUUUACGACCAUGCCAACCAGCGCUGGUUGAAGUACAACGACAUCAGCAUAACAGAGUCCUCAUGGGAGGAGCUUGAGCAAGACUCUUUCGGCGGAAUGACCAACGCCAGCGCCUACUGCCUGAUGUAUAUCGACGACAGGCUCCCCCACCUCAUCACAGAAGACACAGAUGACGAGACGGGCCAGGCGCUGCAUGGCAUGGAUUUGCUGCCGCCCGUCCUAAGACGCUACGUGCACCAAGACAACCGUUGGUUUCAGCAGGAGAUCAGCGAGUGGGAGGAGCAGCUGUGCCAGGCGGCCGCGCCGCAGGGAGAGUCCACGCUGAGUCCUGCCGAGCCCCCAAAAGCCAGCGCGGACGACACUCAGCAGUCUGCACCCGUCGAGCCGGCACCACAGUCGGGACCUCAGACUGACGAACCUGCUCAGGGAACCGCUUCGGAGCCACAACCAGAUGCGCAGACGGAUGAGGAGCCGGCAGGAUCACCGGAAGGACCUCAGGUAACGCCUCCCCUACAGUCAGACUGCCAUGAUAGUGAGCUCACCACCAGCAAUACUCAGAGUCCCAGCCAGGGUCCCACCAGCACCACUGCCACUGAGAAGGAGCCUCCCAGUCAGACUCUUUGCCCUGAAGUUGAGCUCAGUAGCAACCAGGAGCCACCCAACCUGUCGCUGAAGAAAGAGGAAACAGAGGAGCAAAAUGGAGAAGAAGAAAAAGAAGAAGCUCAGCGUGACGCAGAGGCCUCUUUGGAGGAAUCUCCUCAGCGUGAAGCAGAUGGUAAACAUGAAGACCCGCAGGAGGAGGAGGAGCAGGUGCCUGCAAGACGGCGGCAGGCGGAGAACGAAGUCUCUGAGGUGGAGAUCCCCAAUGUGGGAAGAAUCAUGGUGAGGGCCGAUGCUGACGGUUACAAUGAAGAGAUGAUGCUGACUCCGGCCAUGCAGGGCAUCAUUCUGGCAAUCGCAAAGGCCAGACAAACAUUCGACACUGAGGGUCCAGAGGCUGGUCUCAUCAAGGCCUUCCAUGAAGAAUACUCCCGCUUGUACGAACUCUCCCAGGAGGAGACGACGCCACGGGAGGACGCUCGUCUGCAGCACGCUUUGGUUUACUUCUUCCAGAACAAGGCGCCCAAACGUGUCAUCGAGAGGACGCUGCUGGAGCAGUUUACAGACCGCAACCUCAGCUUCGAUGAAAGGGCCAUCAGUAUCAUGAGGGAAGCCCGAGCCAAGCUGCGCCUCAUCAAGCCCGAGGACAUGGACAUGGAUGAGUACUUGCAGUGGCACGAUGACUACAGAAUGUUCCGGACCGUCUUUGUCUACCUGCUGACCGGACUGGAGCACUACCAGCACGGGAAAAUGCGCGAGGCUCUGACCUACCUGGCUCACGCCUACGACACAAACGCCACCCUGCUGAGGAGCGGAGAGAAACGCGGCGUGGACACGUCGCUCAUUGCACUUUACAGGCGGAAAUGUCUGGCGACCCUGAACGAAAGCGCCACGCGCUUCUUUGCCAGCGGCGAGGAGAGCAAGGUAGAAGAGGGCGUGGCCAUCAUGGACGAGGUGGUCAUUCCCUGCCUGCACCUGAUGAGCCGCGAGUCGUCGCUGUCGCAGGAGGACCGCGAGACGACGGAGAGCAUCCGCAGCCAGUGGUGCUGCUGUCUGGGCCAGGACAUGGACGAUUCGCUGCAGAUGAAGCUGGGCGAGUUUCUGCCAAGGGUUCUGGACUGCUCGGCCGAGACGGUGGUGCUUAAAGACCCCCCUAAAGUCCACAUGAACCAGGCCCACGACCUGUGCAGUCGCCUGGCCGCCGUCAUGGAGUCCAUCCACAAAACCUCGGUGGUCAUCGUCAAGUAACGUCCUGGCUGCGAGCAACAAUGCCGGUGUUGUACCGAAAUCUGUUACCCAUCGGAAUUUGUAACACCAGGGGGCGAUGUUCCCGUGGCGUUUGUUUGAUGGUUAAACAGCAAGGCCAAAGAGGAGGAGGAGAAGAACGCUUGCGUAAAUGGCGUAAACAAUCCUUAAUGCUGAAACGUCCGUGGUCAGAAUUUCAGCAAUAAUAAAUUACACAUAUUCUGGAAAUCAAUGACUUGCUUUCAUUAUAGCAGGGGUCGGGAACCUUUUUGGCUGAGAGAGCCAUGAAAGCCAAAUGUUUCAAAAUGUAUUUCCGUAAGAGCCAUAUAACAUUUUUCAACCCUGAGUACAACUAAAUUCUUGCAUUUUUAAGUAAGAUCAACAUUUGUAGAGUAUAAUAAGUCCCUUAUUCUUUUUAACAACAUUGUUAUUCUAAAAGUUAACCAAUAAUAAAUAAAAUACUUCUUACCAUUAAUGCGACAUCUUGAACAGGUGCGGUAGAAAACGGAUGGUUGGAUUGAAAUGCAUGAGAAUGUUUUAUAAUUUGAACGUUAUUUUUGAAACUGUGAUUACCAGCGGAAUUAUUCCUUAUCGUGUUAAGCAAUGUCAGCUAAGAUUUAUCUGAGAGCCAUAUGCAGUCAUCUGGCUCUAGAGCCAUAGGUUCCCUACCCCUGGUUUAAGCAUUAGACACCUUUUUACCUGCACCCUGCCUCCCGCUGUUUCCCACAUCUACAAAGCAAUUAGCUACCGACUGCCACCUACUGAUAUGGAAGAGUAUUACACGGUUACUCGGCUUAGCUCGGUUAGGAGAGUGGCCGUGCUAGCAACCUGAGGGUUCCAGGUUCGAUUUUCGCUUCCGCCAUCCUAGUCACUGCCGUUGUGUCCUUGGGCAAGACACUUUACACACCUGCCCCCCAGUGCCACCCACACUGGUUUAAAUGUAACUUAGAUAUUGGGUGUCACUUUGUAAAGCGCUUUGAGUCAGUAGAGAAAAGCGCUAUAUAAAUAUAAUUAUCUGAGAGCCAUAUGUAGUCAUCAAAAGAGCCACAUCUGGCUCUAGAGCCAUAGGUUCCCUAACCCUGCAUUAUAGUAUGAGUCCAUUGUAUCAGCUGUUGAUUCUCUCUCUCACACAUGCGUUUUCCAAUAUGGGUUGUACUUGUAUAGCGCUUUUCUACCCCUUUUUAAGGAGCCCAAAGCGCUUUGACAUUAUUUAGAUAAGGCUAUACAUGCACAUGUGGUUGUUCUGUUUGUCAUGGCUGUGUUCCCUAUUCUUAAACCAGGCAUCUAAAUGACAAUUUCCUGCCCUUUUUACACACCCCCUCCCUUCAUCUCCAUACACUUUUUCUCAUUUGGGAGAAUCAACAGCUGAUACAAAGGACUCAUACUAUAAGGAAAGUAAGUCAUUGAUUUCAAGAAUAUGUGUAAUUUAUUAAUGCUGAAAUUCUGACAACUGAUGUGUCAGCAUUAAGGAUAGUUUACGCCAUUUACGCAAGCGUUCUUCUUCUCCUCUUUGGCCUUGCCGUUUAACCAUCAAACAAACGCCAUGGGAACAUCGCCCCCUGGAGUUACAAAUUCCGAUGGGUAACAGAUUUCGGUACAACACCGGUCGUUUGUAGUACAAGCUGUUAGUAUUAGCACGCAGAGCGUAACGAGGGGAGGGCUUGUUGCUAGGCAGAGUAAGCACCCUGGCAUUUGUACUGCACACAGCAACCAUGCUGGUUGUUUUUUGUUUUUUUUUAAAUAUGUAUUUUAUAUUGUUGCCUUGUACAUGUCCGGAGCAGACUUUGCAAAGUGUCAUUAUGUAGUUGAAGCACAGACAAGCAAUUACGACUUCAAAGUAGAGCUACAGAGAGAGCGUUUUAGAGGCACGUGCAAUAGAGGAUUCUUUAGUAAGAGGCGAUUUUUCAAGGUUACGUUAUCCUUAGGGAGUGGCACUUUGGCUUUUAAAACAACACGCCUCGUCUCCACCACAGGUGCUUCUCCUCAAAUGUGUCAUGUUUGUAUGAACAAAUCUUCACCAACAAGAUAAAAAAAAUGCGGAAACAA